AUGUCGAGUACUCCAGCAAGCUUCAGCUAUCUUACCGCGUACGGUUCAAGAACUGGGCUUUCUCCUAGCCCACCAGAGUUUAAUUCCGCGCUUGAUGAGGAAGUCCGGUUAUACACUAAUAAUAAGGAUCGAGAAAAAUAUGAAAAUUUGGCAGAUGUAUAUGCCAUCAUAGUGACAAUGGAACAUUUGGAAAAGGCGUAUACACCUUCAUGCGCAAAAUUAAUAGCUCAAUAUAAAACUGCAAUGAACUUAGUAUCUGAUCUGAUCCCCGAUGUGGAACAAUUUAUGAAGGAAUAUAAGUUAAAAUGUCCGGCUGCAGUUAAUAGGUUCAAAAUUGGCGUACCUGCAACCAUUGAACAUUCUAUAGAUCCUAUCAAAUCUGCAAAAUACGUGGCAGAAACUGUUUCUCAUUUUAUCACAUUAAUGGACGCACUCAAACUAAAUAUGAAGGCAGUAGACGAAAUUCAUCCAAUGCUUAGUGAUUUAAUGCAAAGCUUAAACAACGUGAGUUCACUACCCGCAGAAUAUGAAGCUAAAAUAAGGAAUUGGUUAAUCACAUUAAAUAGCAUGAAGGCCAUUGACGAAAUAAAUGAGGAACAAGUACGACAACUAUUAUUCGAUCUCGAAAACGCUCACAAUGCGUUUUAUCGCUCAUUAUCAGACAAGAGUUGA